CUAACUGCAGGGCUGAAGUGGGAACCAAGGGGAUAAGCCAGAGAUCGAACAGUGAAGCCGACCUGCAUUAUUAUUUAUUACAGAUCCUCUUUUCCAAGGGUUGGCUGAAAAUGACACUUCAAAUCAAAUAAACAGUUAAACCUGAUUGGCCACAGAAUGCCUACCUUGCUUAAGAAAUAACCUGGCGGUUGCAGUCUUAAUGCCCUUCUAUUAUUUGCAUAAAUGAGUCACGAGACAUCCCUGCUUUGCAUUUUGGAACUAUUUCCUGUUUGCCGCAGAACAGGUUUGUGCUGUGGCUGAGGGAUAAGCAGGUCUAAGAGAAGGCAAGAGGCAGUUUUCCUUGGCAAGAAAAUGGACUCUCUUAAAGGACCUUGCCCUCAUCCGAGUGUUCCUGUUGAGAUGGAUGAGAGCAUGACAUCCUCCAGUCUGGACUUGGCCUGGCCUCCUUCUUGCAAACAGUGUAUUGGACAUACAGAGACCAGCAAAAGGCUGCAGGGACAUGGCUUUGAGCAAGCUAAGGAGACAGCACACAGUGUCAGCGAGUGGAGAUUUUCUGAGAGCCAGUAUUUGCAUGAACCCAGAGGAGCCUGUUUCACUGCAGCCCAGCUUCGCUUCAUCCCCCCUGCACAGGCAGGAGAGCGGAACCUCCCCCACCCUGCAGGUGUUUGGCCUCAUGGUAUCAGAGAGCAGGUGCUGCUGUGUGAACUGGACCCCAUGGUUAACCAUAGUAGAGGCUUUGCAGGCCCUUCAAACUAUCCUCAGGUUCACUCUUUGGAGGAGACAGAAAGCUUGGAGCACCCUCUCCCGCUCAUCUCUGAAAUAAACUUUGGCCACCCCCACUAUGUCCCACCACGACACCCUGCAGCACGUGUGCGCGGCCCCGAUCCAAUGCCGGGCAGUUGUCUCAGAAAUCGUGCGUGUUGCCCUCCAGCAAAUUAUUAUCAUUUUAAGCAUGAUUACCCAGCGGAGCCACACCAGGAGCCUCGGCCCCACCAACAUCCAUGGCAUCCUCCUCCUAACAGGCUGCAACUUAGAGAUGCUCCAAAUACCAACUAUGGAUCUCCUCCUAGAGAUGUGAUUCAUGAGGUCAGCGUGGAUCACUCCUUCCAGGCUGGUCCGGGAGCAGCUACAAGGGAGAUAAGGAGGACCAUCAGCCUACCGGAGGAGUGUAGGAAUGUUUUCAUCACAUAUUCUGUGGACACAGCCCGUGAAAUGAUACCUUUCGCCAGAUUUCUGACUGCUCAGGGGUUCAAACCAGCAAUUGACAUCUUUGAUGAUCCAAUCAAAAGAAUGGACAUCACCAAAUGGAUGGACAGAUUUUUGAACGAUAAAUCGGUGCUCAUCAUCGUGGUCAUCAGCCCCAAGUACAAGGAGGAUGUGGAGGGAAUUGGGGACGAUGAGCAUGGCCUGCACACCAAGUACAUUCACAAUCAGAUCCAAAAUGAGUACAUCCAACAAGGCUGCCUGAACUUCAGACUGGUACCUGUGUUGUUUCCUAAUGCAACCAAGAGACAUGUCCCCAACUGGCUCCAGAGCACCAGGAUCUACAGCUGGCCCAAGGAAACCCCGGACCUGCUACUGCGUCUACUCAGGGAAGAGCGCUACAUCAUCCCACAGCGGGGGGCUGACCUCACCCUAACUGUACGUCCCCUCUGAGAAAAACUAGGGGGAAAAACGGACACCUGUGGAAAAUAAUCAAUAUAAAGAAAAUGGUUUUGUCAAAAACCCAACAUGCUAUAGGUAUGAGUUUCCUAUGCCUUUAUGAGGAGGACUAUGAUUACUGCAGCAGAUUAGUUAGCAGAAGUGUUUUCCUUCUGUCCUUUGUUUUCAGAUUCAGAUUUGCUGUUUGUUCUGUUGAUUUGUAAUUCAUUUCAACAGUGUUUCUAAUCUCACUACAUCUUCAAUAAACUUAAUUGAGAUUUUAAGCAUACAGAGAGAGCAUCAAAUAUUAAGCAUCACAACAUAUGGCUUCAUUUUCAACAAAACUGCAAUAUCGCUGUGGCAUCGGUACAGGCUUCAAUUGGAAUAUAGACAAAGAAAUAAUAAAAACUGCAUAAAGAAUAUACAUAACUGAGGAGAAAUAAUAAAUAGUAACAAAAUAAAUAUGUAAAUAUAUGAGGACAAAAUAAAAGGGCAACUUAAAAGAAAAGGAACUCAACUGCAUUCCAUUCAUGUUUCUGUAAAAGAAAUCUUGUAGAAUACUAAAUGUAUAUACACAUUUUUUAUCAUUUGUAGACUGAAUAGUGGUACAUUCCAACCCUGCUCUAAAAAGGUUCAAAUGAUGGACUGGGCUUUGAGAACUUGGCUUUAUGGAUGUGAUAUUUUCCUAAUAAUAUCAAUAAUUUGACAGUCCUGUCCCUGUUUUUUAGUUUAAUAGUACAGUAUUACUUCCUUGGUUUCUAGUUUAAUUGAAUGGUUGGUUUGAGCAGCAAAGUAGUCCUCAGUUUUUCUCCAGAAUCCUGAUGUGUACUGACAUUCAAACUAUAUAUGUUGCAUUGUCUCAUCUUCACUUUCACAAAAUGCUAAUUUUAUCAUCAGAACCCACAAAUGUUGACACAGAUUUGUUGGUAGAGUAGAUAUUAUGCACAACUUUGUAAUGCACUUCCUUCAAUGUGUUAGUUAUAUCAAAUUUACAUGUUGUUUCCCAAUAAAUAUUAGAAAACUUAGAGUUCCAGAUAAUUCC